CUCCGGUUCCGUUACAGCCAGCGCGCAACCAUGAAGACCCGUCUCGGCGCUGCUCCAUUGCUAGUUACCUCGGGGCUUCCGGGCCCCGAGAGGCAGUGGUGGAUAGACCGAUGAUGCGACUUCUGAUCAAAACUCGACUUUGAUUUCGUUGCUAGGGUCUAUCCUCACUCAUUCCUUAACCCACUUCCUUCAAGAUGGGAGCCUACCGCUACGUGCAGGAGCUCUACCGCAAGAAGCAGAGCGAUGUGAUGCGCUACCUGCUGCGUGUCCGCGUCUGGCAGUACCGCCAGAUGACCAAGUUCCACCGCGCCCCGAGGCCGACCCGCCCCGACAAGGCUCGCCGCCUGGGAUACAAGGCCAAGCAGGGCUUCUCGAUCUUCCGCGUGCGCGUCCGCCGCGGAGGCCGCAAACGCCCGGUCGCCAAGGGUUGCACCUACGGCAAGCCCAAGUCGCACGGAGUGAACCAGCUGAAGCCGUACCGUUGUCUGCAGUCCGUCGCUGAGGAACGCGUCGGCCGCCGCGUCGGUGGACUCCGCGUGCUCAACUCGUACUGGGUGGCGCAGGAUGCCGCGUACAAGUACUACGAGGUCAUCAUGGUCGACACCGCCCACAACGCGAUCCGCCGCGACGCCAAGGCCAACUGGAUCUGCAACGCGGUGCACAAGCACCGUGAGCUGCGUGGCCUCACCUCGGCCGGCAAGAGCAGCCGUGGGCUGGGCAAGGGCUACCGGUAUGCGCAAACCAUCGGAGGAUCGCGCCGGGCGUGCUGGCGCCGCCGCAACCGCCUGCACAUGCGCCGUUACCGUUAAGCUGCUGGGGUGGUUUCGUGUACCGCUGUGUCCGGGUUUUGAUAUCUGUGUAAGGAUAAAUAA